CCGAGUACAACAGAGAUGUAUAGAAAUAACCAAAGAAAAGCUUGAGGAGUUGAAAGAAGAAAAUUUGCACCUGAACAUGAAAAAUCACAAUCUCAGAGCUCAUCUAAAGGCUACGAAGAAACUAGUGAAAGAUUUACAAUCAAAACUUCAGAAGCUGGAACAUGGUGACCAAGGGCCAGAAGAGGCUGUGCAGGCUUCUGGUCAGGGCGGGGAAACCUCCCUUGCCUUGAGAGUACCUGCUACAUUUGAGUUGCUUUCUCUAAGAAAGCACAUUGAAGAGCUGGAACAUGAAAAUGACCAGUUGAAAAUAAUCGCCCAUCGUUUGAACGUGGAACUGAGUCGCUACCAAACAAAAUUCAGGCAUUUGUCUGAGGAAGAGAGUUCACACGUUGGUGCCCUCCCAGCAAAUGGCCCCACGCCCCCCUGGCUGGUGGAUAUCAAGUACCUCUCACCGCUGUUGCUGGCUUAUGAAGACAGAAUGAACGAGAAGGACCAGCUGAAUGCCACCCUUGAGGAGGAGAUGCGGGCAUUCAGGAUGCGGGUGCAGCAGGUGGUGGAGGAGAAUGAAGGCCUGCACCGGGUGAUAAAGAACACGGUCGUCAGUGUGGUGGAACGGCAGCAGCUGCAGACACAAGCCGAGCUGGUUUUGGAGGAAAACAAGUUGCUGAUAGAGCAACUGAUGAUCCAGGAGAACAAAGCCCAGGACAUCCACCAGGAGCAGCAGCAGGAAGUGUCUAAGCUGACUAAACAACUCAUGCUGCUGGAGAUGAAGUCUCAAAGCCAGGAGAAGGAGCUGACAGAAAGCAAGGAGCAGCUGGAGGCGUUGCAGGCCACCUGCCAAGAGCUCAAAACAGACCUGGACAGCAAGAUUGCCAUGGACCUGCAUACCUCCAUCGUAAACGAAUUACAGAGCCAGCUGCAGAAGGAGGAAGAGAAGGAGCGGGCUGAGCUGGAGGAGCUGAUGGAGAAGCUGACGGUCCUGCAGGUGCAGAACAAGAGUCUGUUGUUAGAAAAGAAGAGCUGGGCCUCUAGGAACAAAGCACUUCAGGCCAACCUGGAGCAGGCGCAGAAGAAAAACAGGAAAUACCAGAAGAAAAUUGACUCUCUCAAAAAGCAUGCAGAAAAAGCCUUGAAGAACGAACUCUGUGCUCAUAACUACUUGGCCAACCUCAUUACUUUGACAGAGAAUCUAGCCCAGGAACGAGAUGGCCUCAAACAUUUGGUAAGUUUCCUCAGU